UCCUGAAGCUGACGCUCGGAAACAUGGUGGCUUCCUGCUCCUUCAGCCCGGCAUUCAUUGCUGCGGCGGGGAUGUUGCUUUUCUCCUGCGGCAGCUUGGCUACUAGUCAGAUCGAGGAUCAAGCAGAACAGUUCUUUAGAAGUGGCCAUACAAACAACUGGGCUGUUUUGGUGUGUACAUCCCGAUUCUGGUUUAAUUAUCGACAUGUUGCAAAUACUCUCUCUGUUUACAGAAGUGUCAAGAGGCUAGGUAUUCCUGACAGUCACAUUGUUCUGAUGCUUGCAGAUGAUAUGGCAUGCAACCCCAGGAAUCCCAAACCAGCCACAGUGUUUAGUCACAAGAAUAUGGAGCUCAAUGUAUAUGGAGAUGAUGUGGAAGUGGAUUAUAGAAGCUAUGAGGUAACUGUGGAGAAUUUUUUACGUGUAUUAACUGGAAGGGUCCCACCUAGUACUCCUCGGUCAAAACGUCUUCUUUCCGAUGAUAGGAGCAAUAUUCUUAUUUAUAUGACAGGACAUGGCGGAAAUGGAUUCUUGAAAUUUCAAGAUUCUGAAGAAAUUACCAACAUAGAACUUGCAGAUGCUUUUGAACAAAUGUGGCAGAAAAGACGCUACAAUGAACUGCUUUUUAUUAUUGAUACUUGUCAAGGAGCAUCCAUGUAUGAGCGAUUUUAUUCUCCUAAUAUAAUGGCUUUAGCUAGUAGCCAAGUGGGAGAAGAUUCUCUCUCGCAUCAACCUGAUCCUGCGAUUGGAGUCCAUCUUAUGGAUAGAUAUACAUAUUAUGUCUUAGAAUUUUUGGAAGAAAUUAAUCCAGCAAGCCAAACAAAUAUGAAUGAUCUUUUUCAGGUAUGCCCCAAAAGUCUGUGUGUGUCUACUCCUGGGCAUCGUACUGAUCUUUUUCAGAGGGAUCCUAAAAAUGUCUUGAUAACUGAUUUCUUUGGAAGUGUACGGAAGGUGGAAAUUACAACAGAAACUAUUAGUUUGCAGACAGAUUCAAGAAUCAUGGAAAGCAGCCAUGAGGAAGAUUGGAUGGACGAGGAGCUAAUAGAACCUCUAAAAUAUGCCGAACAACUUCCUGUAGCUCAGAUAAUACACCAGAAACCAAAGCCGAAAGAUUGGCAUCCUCCAGGGGGCUUUAUUUUGGGACUGUGGGCACUCAUUAUCAUGGUUUUCUUCAAAACUUAUGGAAUUAAGCAUAUGAAGUUCAUUUUCUAGACACAAGGAUCUAUGAAGACAGUGUGGAAGACGACAGCCUUGGAUAUUUUGUCAUUAUGUCUUUUUAAAGAAUACAUUGCUUCUGUUGUAAGCUGGCAAAAAAAGCAUAUGGAAACUAAAUUCGAAUAAAUCUGAUUCUAUAAGUAAUUAUGAAUGCGUGUACUUAAUGGCAUUAAAUAACACUUGUGUUUUUAUAUGUUGUAAUGUGAGGCAAGAUAUUAGAAUAUACUUACUCUUUCCUGAAAAAUAAC